CUACAGCACAGGUGUUCCCCAUUGUGGAUGUCUGCCGCGCUCUGGUUAACCCCGGACAAUGGAUACCGCACGCCUUGAAGAGUGGCAGAUUUUUAUUCUGUCGCUGAUGUACCUGUCGGCUCUGAGUUUAAGUUUGGUGGGAAGCUUCUCUGUUGUGUGUGUAACCAUCAUAAAAAGGCAUGACCUCAACAAACAGGUGAAGCCGCUGCUCCAAUUGGGUCUGGCUGACUUCCUGGCCUCUGCGUUGCUCACGGCAACCACCGUCCUCAAUUUCCUGUCUGUAGAGGUGCGCUCCGACGUGCUCCUCUGUGAGUUCGGCUUGCCCCUUGCCCUGAUGUUCUACUGCAUCUCGUUCCUGUUGUCUAUUCUGUAUGCAUGUGAGUCCACAUCAGGCAUCCAGGGCAGGGCAGAUUCAGAUAAUCAUACUGAGCAGAUCAGAGGAAGAAGCAGGUGGUUCUCCAUCAUCUAUGCCUGUGUCUGGCUGGUACCUUUCUGUGCAUAUGUGGUGUAUGUCGGCACCAUCACCAACUCCAUGGUCCCCCUGCAGCCUCAACUGGACCCCUCAGACAAUGGCAAUAGUCUUGUUGUGAAUCCCACGGAAUACUACUGUACCAGCUGUGUGUUGUUCCUCCACAUACAAGGUGACAACUGCUCAGAUGUGGAUCAAGUACAUGACAUGGCUGUGAGAGGAUCACUGUUUAUCAGUCUGCUGUCUGUGUUGAUCGUCUGCACAGUGGUGUACUGUAAGCUGGGCCGCUGGUCAGGUCAGUAUGGGGAGAGCGUGAUGUUCCCUGUGGAGAGCGAUGGGCUGUGCAGGAGGAGGCUGAGGGGAGCCGUCAGCACAUCACAACUCAUCAUCCUGGUCCCCAUACUCUGCUGGACGCCAGCUCUGCUGCUCAUCUCUCUAUCCUUCGUUAAGGAGAUCACUCAGCAGCAGCUGUUCCCUCUCUACAUUAUACAGGCGCUGCUGGUGUCACUGCAUGGGCUGCUGAACAGCGUGGUGUACGCGUGGCGACGACCAAACUUCCGGGAAGUGGUGCUUGGGGAGCACGUGCACCUCCUCUCCCAGAGGCCCUCCUAUCGCACCUUCUUGGAGGACUCACUACCCUCCGCCCCUUGACACAGGGGCCUCCUCCACCUGACCUCGGACACCUUCACGUUCAAUACAUUUGAAGCAGGUGUACCAAGUAGCAUCCGGUGACAUAGACAUAAGCGCCGGGCCGGGCCCAGGACUAAGACGUCUGAAAGGGCCCCAAACCCAAUACAUACAAUGUAAUAGCGAGCCAAUUCUGGGCCCCCUCUUUCCUUGGGUCCCGGAACAAGUGACCCCUUUGUCCCCCUCUGUCCGCUUCCCUGCAUUAGCAUACAACCCCACUCUUUCCUAUGCAAACUGGGAGUCGUUUAUACCUGCUUUGUUUCAAAAUGGAACUUGUUUGACGUGUUUUUGAAAAGGGCUAAUAAUUAGCCAGGAGGAAAAUCGCUAGCAAGAGGAGCUCAGCUAGCAAGAGGAACAUCGCUAGUAAGAGGAGCUCAGCUAGUAGGAGGAACAUCGCUAGUAAGAGGAGCUCAGCUAGCAAGAGGAACAUCGCGAGCAAGAGGAGCUCAGCUAGUAGGAGGAACAUCGCUAGUAAGAGGAGCUCAGCUAGUAGGAGGAACAUCGCGAGCAAGAGGAGCUCAGCUAGUAGGAGGAACAUCGCUAGUAAGAGGAGCUCAGCUAGUAGGAGGAACAUCGCUAGUAAGAGGAGCUCAGCUAGUAGGAGGAACAUCGCUAGUAAGAGGAGCUCAGCUAGUAGGAGGAACACCACUAGCAUUAGCACGGCUAGCAGGAACUACUGAUGAUGGACAGAUGACUUCAGUACAGCGAGAGGAGGAGAAACUGAAAUGAAUAAGGGAUAAACACAUAUAAAAAUCUCGAAAUAUGAGGACAAAUAAAAUAAAGGGUAAACACAUUACCAGGCCAAAACAAUGUGGUUACGGGAGCCUAAAAGACACUUUUACGGUGAAAAUGAAGACGGAAGACUCUCCAGGAUUAAAUGGAUGACAGGUUGCUGGAGAUUGAAAUAUUGACUCCCACAAUGCACUGCACUAAGCUGCCCAUGUUGCACACCAACUGUGUGAAGACAGAUGAAUUUCCAUUCUGGGAGAGUUUAAAAUCCUUUUUUGUUUAAUAUGUUUAUAUGAUGUUUUGGGGCAUUUAUGCCUUUAUUCAGUACAGGGCAGUGAGAGAGCAUGACAGGAAAUGAGUGGGAGAGAGAGGAGGGAAGGAUUAGCAAAGGACCUCGGGUCGGAAACAAACCCGGGUCACCAGUGUAAUGGUACAGUGUCUUAGCUCACUGAGCCACCGUGCCCCCGAGAGUCUCAAAUACUUGCUUGUAUAGUGUAUCCGAGUGUCUAAGACACAACUACGAACAGACCAAAAGCGGCAUGAGCAUCGAAAGUAAUGGAGUUCUUUGUAUAGAAGGGAAGGCUGAAAAGUGGCAACAGUGUUUUGGGCAUUGGGAUAGCUUCAGUUCACUUCAGUUCAGCAGCAACCGAUCAGGAAAAGUGAAAAAAAGAAAAGUGAAAGCCCAUUGGGAAACUCCAACUCCCAUUGUCAUUGUGACACAGCACUCCACAGCACACUGCACACAAUGAAAUUGCAUUUAUGCCUCACCCGUGCAAGGGGGCAGCCCUCAGUGGCGCCCCAUGGGGAGCAGUGCGGUGGGACGGUACCAUGCUCACCCAUGACUGCCCAUGGAAGUCUAUAUGUCCCAUAUAUGCCUCAAACACAAAAUUAUUUCCUGUUAUCAUCUUCACUGCUUUUGUCACGUUUUGUCUGUUCAGUCCAGUAGGGCUCUUCAGUUAUUUUUAUGUUUUUGCAGCAUGUUGUCUGAUUAAGAGCUUAUGGCAAAAUGUUUUUUGCACAAAUGUGUCUGUUCGGAUGUUGCAGGGCUUAUCACAUACUGUACAUGAAAAAAAUGAAACUCAGACAAUCAAUGUGUCAUGAUGUGUGUUGUGUCAGUAGGUGGAAUUUGUAUUUAUUUGACAUGGUGUAAUAACGUGAUGUUUUAUACUUUGAACA